AUGCAGGAUACUCAACUUGUAUCCAACAUGAUGUACUUCUAUUCAAACUCCGCGCGUUCGUCCAACGGACGGCAAUCCUGGAUACUGCUGCUUCCCGACCUCAUCACUCAGUCGAGGCAGCAGACGCGAGUUGCGGUGUUAGCCACUUCGAUGCUCUUGCUAGCGAUCCAGUCGCGUGAAGAGCGCAUCUUUGUAGAAUCCCUCGGCUACUAUUGUCAGGCCCUCAUAUCCUUACGGAGACAGCUACCCUUGGUGACAGACCCGCAGAACCCAGACUUCCUGCCAUUGACCUGUGUAGCGAUCGUCCUCUCUUUUUUCGAGGCACUCUGCGGCACUUUGUUCAACGGUUACUAUCAACACGUUCAGGGCGCUGUGGUCCUACUCCAGAUUCAAGGCCCUCGAAAUUGCGCCUUGGUCCCAUACCACAGCCUCUUUUAUGCCGUCCGGAAUCAUGCCAUUUGCGCAUCUCUAAUGACAGGAAAAAUAUCGCCUCUCGCUGGUGAACCGUGGUUGACGAUUCCUUUCUCUCUGUCAAAAAAGUCCAGCUCGGACUUGGUGAAUGACAUACUUCUUGCUAUGCCAAGGUAUCUCUCGGCGCUCAAUGCAGACGAGACGGCUAGCGAGACAAGCAGGCUGUCCAGGGAAGAUAUUGUGCAGGAUCUGAUGAAUCAUUUGCAAAAUCUAGCCGGUAUAUGGAGCCAGAUAUCGCAGCACGAGCAUCCCAUUGCUGAAUCAACUCAGCCCACGAUACCUCAAUCAGUGGAAUUAACCCAGCGAUAUACUUAUGACAACCCAUACCAUGCUAAGGUUAUCGCUAACUACCGCACCGCCCACCUCCUUGCAUUCUCGCUGUUGUCGAUCAUUCUUCCAUGUCAUGACUGGGAUGUCGCACCUUUCCUUGACGAUUCGGCGUCAAUACUAUCCGCAGCGGGGUAUCUUGAAGAAUGUGAUAUUGGGUGCGCAUAUUUUCAAAUGGUCUUUCCGCUGCGACUCGUUGCUCAACAUAGCCCAUGCGCAACCAGGCGACGAGUAGCCAUCGAUAUGUUGAAGCGCUGGUGUGGGGAGAAGCCCGUCAGAGGCCUUGCGAAUAGUGCAUUGGAAGCUAUCUACCGGGGCCAGUGUGUAAUUCCUCAAAUGUUAAUCCUAUGA